AACUUCUGCACAGAGGUCAGCCUGAGACCCAGCCCUGGGGUCACUCAAGGCCACCUGAUGCCCAGGCCUCCCUCUCUCGCUCUCCUGGGUGGACCACCGCCUGCCCUCCCUCCACCGUGCUUGGCUACACGGCUGGCACCUGUCCAGGCCCCCCGGUCACCUGCCCGCCCCUCUCUGCCCAGGAUUGGCCAGCCCUGUCCCUGUCCCUCGGCUUCACUCUGGCUCCGGCGGCAGAAGUGCUGAAACCCAACCCGGGCGGCCACUGGCACCGCGGCAGAGGCGCCUCCUGCGCAGAGCGGCCAGCGAGGGCCAUGGAGAAGCCACCAGACCCGCAGCCGCCCCCCCGGGAGGCCCCCCCGGACCCCGAGCCCCCCAUCUCCCCCUCCUUCUCCGCGAGCCUGGCGGCCUUUGCGGGCGGCUGCACUCUGCACGGGCUCAGCCACGUCUUCCUGCCGGGCCCGCUGACCCCGCGGCGCCUGGCCUGGGCGGGGGCGGUCCUGGCGGCGCUGGGGGCCUUCCUGUUCCAGGCGGCGGAGCGGGUGCGCUACUUCCGGGGCUACCCCCGGGUGACCACGCUGGACGAGGCCGAGGGGCGCGCCCUGCUCUUCCCGGCCGUCAGCCUCUGCAACUUCAACCGCGCCCGGCGCUCCCGGCUGACCCCCGACGACCUGCGCUGGGUGGGCCCCCCGCUGCUGGGCGUGGAGCCCCCCGACUUCCCCCGGUACCUGCAGGCCCUGGGCUGGGAGGGGCCCCCCGCCCUCGGGCCCUUCUUCCCCAGCACUCGCUUCGACAUGCAGGCCUUCGUGGGGCGCACCGGGCACCGGAUGGAGGACAUGCUGCUCGGAUGCCGCUUCGGGGGCCGGGAGUGCGGCCCAGCAAACUUCACUUCUAUCUUCACCCGCCUGGGCAAGUGCUACACCUUCAACUCGGGGGCCCCCGGCUACGAACGGCUCUCCGUGAUCCGGGGGGGCACCGGCAACGGCCUGGAGCUGAUGCUGAACAUCCAGCAGGACGAGUACCUGCCCGUCUGGGGGGACACCGAGGAGACCUCCUACGAGGCCGGCAUCAAGGUGCAGAUCCACAGCCAGGAGGAGCCCCCCUCCAUCGACCAGCUGGGCUUCGGCGUGGCCCCCGGGUUCCAGACCUUCGUCUCCUGCCAGGAGCAACGGCUCUUCUACCUCCCUCCCCCGUGGGGCGUCUGCAAGUCCAGCCCCGCCGAGUCCGCCUUCUUCGCCAACUACAGCAUGGCCGGAUGCCGCCUGGAGUGCGAGACGCGCUACGUGGCCGAGAAGUGCAACUGCCGCAUGGUGCACAUGCCAGGGAAUGGCAUCGUCUGCUCUCCGGAGCAAUACAAGGAGUGUGCCGACCCGGCCCUGGACUUCCUGGUGGAGAAGGACAACGAGUUCUGUGCCUGCGAGACCCCCUGCGAAAUGGUGCGCUACGGGAAGGAGCUCUCGGUGGUCCGGAUCCCCAGCAAGGCCUCCGCCAAGUACUUGGCCAAGAAGUACAACCGCAGCGAGCAGUACAUUGCGGAGAACCUGCUGGUGCUGGACAUCUUCUUUGAGGCUCUGAACUACGAGACCAUUGAGCAGAAGAAGGCCUACGACGUGGCUGGGCUGCUGGGAGACAUUGGGGGCCAGAUGGGCCUCUUCAUCGGAGCCAGCUUCCUCACCAUCCUGGAGAUCCUGGACUAUCUGUAUGACGUUCUGCGAGACAAGCUCUGGGGCCUCUACCAGGCGAGGAAGCAGGCCCAGAAGAGUGACAGCGACACCAUGGAAUACAUGGAUCUUCCCCGUGGGCCCCCCAGGGAGAGCAGAGCCCCCGCGGCCCCACCACCACCCAGGUACAGGCUCCUUCCCAGGUUUUUCUCUGCAUGGGGAGGGGAUAAGAGUCCAGUGGUGCCGAUGGGGAGGAAGGUGGGGGGCAACACUCCGCUGGGCUUGCUCCUCAGGCCUCUGGGUUAAAUAUAAGAAGGUAAAGGUUUCCCCUGACGUUAAGUCCAGUCGUGACCAACUCUGGGGGUUGGGGCUCAUCUCCAUUUCUAAGCCAAAGAGCCGGCGUUGUCCAUAGACACCUCCAAGGUCAUGUGGCCGGCAUGACUGCA